AUGAGUAUUUUGUCGAAGGCCCCAUUAAUUUCCAAGUUUGUAAAAAUCACCCUAAAUGAUAUGAUUGUUGGCCGAAAACAUGUCUUUGGUAUUCAUCUAACUCCGCCAUUUCAUCACUUCUGCACAAAUUCGGUAUCAAGCCUUAAUGAACAGGAGCCCAUAAAGGAAAACCCUCAUACAAAUAUCCGUAAAAAUUACAAAGGCAAGCUAUAUAAACAAGCCGAUUUAGCGACAAGUAUAGAAUAUUUUAAUUCUGAUGUAUUUAGAAAUACUUAUAAAGGAAAACCUGUAUGGUUUUACUACAGACGUAACUAUAAGGGACACUUCCCUUCGAGUAUAACAAGAAAAAAUUGUGUUCACUUUGGAAAAUUCGUAAGCUCAAAUCCAUGCCCCAUUUGUCGUGAUGAAUAUUUAGUAUUAAGCCAUCGACACAUUGAACUGUUAAAGCAGUUUAUCAAUCCGGAUACUUUAGAAAUCUUUCCAUUGUCUAAAACUGGUAUAUGCAGACAUCAGUAUAAGAUUUUACAACAUGAAGUUGAAAAAGCUCGUGAUUUAGGUUUAAUUCAAACAUGGUUGCCUUUCUACCUAUAUAAUUACCAUGAUUAUUAUGAUUAUUUACCAAAGGAUCAAUUAAAUGAAUUACUUAAAAUCAAUAACAGCCAACUUACACAUCAAGAUGCUGUUAUAUCGUCAAAUGAUAUUGCCUCCUUACCGUUGGAUAUACAAGAAAUAUUAAAAGCGAAUCAAUCUAUACCACAUACAGAGGAAUUCACCAUUCAAUUACCAGAGAUUAAUAUUGAUCGACCAAAGUUACGUGUAUUACAUAACAGUCUUCUUUCCAAAGAAGGAAAUUUAUAUCAACGGGCAAGAAAUUUAUGGACAUCAAUUAAUGAAGGUCAUGGACCACUGUAUUUUAUAGCUCCGCAAACACGUCUACGUGUAGUUGACAAUAGUCCAUGGAGUAGUAUUGCUCCCACAACCCAUAUAAACACUGGUAAAGAUCAACCAGUCAAGAAAGUUCCUAACAUUGAUCAAAAACUAUCAAAACCAGUUAAAGAUAUGAAUGAUGUGUCCAAUUUACUUUCAUUAGGUUCAAAAGUACUAUCAAUUAAACCGGCAAAAUGUAUUCGUGUUUAUAAUAAACGAAAUAAAGGAACUAUAGGUGAUAAAGUAUUGGUUGCUGUUAAUGGAGAAAUGAAGAAAGGUUGGAUUGUUGGUGCACGACUACCAUCUGUUAAUGGUUGGCCACGUUUUGACUCAAACAAUGUUGUGCUUAUUGAUAAUGAUGGCAAUCCACUAGGUACACGAAUACUUGUCCCAGUACCAGCGCGAUUACGAAGUUUAUCAGGGGAUAUAACGAAAAUUCUAUCGAUAGCUAGUUCAUUUGUAUGA